AGUGAAAAUUCGUGUCUAUCAGUCAGAAACAUGCUUCGAAAUGCACACAAACAGACAAUUUAUCAAAUCACUGAACAAUAGUGACAGUUUAAAAUAAACAAAAAAGCAAAGGUGUUAAUUUAUGUAAGUAAUUAUUUAUCUGAUUUAUGAUGAUUUUGAGUCGAGGAACUGCGAAAAUGUACACACUAUUAGUAUUAAUGCUGUCGUGCAUCAUUUAUCAAGUUUAUCAGUUUGAAGUGAACCCGGAGGAAUACUCAGUGUCUCGCAGUCUGAGGAUUGACGCGAAUCCUUCUGCAUUAUUUGGCUUUGUCACUCAAACCCACAUACUGGAAAAGCUGCUGCCCUGGCUAACGAGACUCGCGGACGCGGAUGCCAAAAAUGUUGGCGUUGGGAAAUUUUACCGAGCAUUUUCAAAAGCUGUGCUUGGCGAAGGGAAAAUUCAUCUGAUGAUAACAGAAUACAAAGUAGGAAAAUAUUUAGCUUUAGAGACUGAAGAUCAAUCUUAUAGACAACGGAUUGAAAUACAAACGAAACGUUAUCACGAUCGAACAAUUCUUUCGACUACGAUAUACUCUCGUCGAACUUCACUACUCUUUCAUAGUACCAUCGGACAAGUACUCCAAGGCAAAAUGAAAAAGCAUCUCGACAAAUCGCUCCAGCACGUAUCACAAAUUUACAAGACCCUGGAAAAUGAAUUACAAAUUCUUCCCUCACUCUCUUGUAUAAAUAAACCAAACUAAAAUAAAUUAAAAUUUUUAAAUCAGAAGCGCACUAAAUAUUUGUCGAUGGCCGUAAUUAUAGUUGAAAUUAGUACCACAUGCCCAGCAUAUAGACAAAACCUUAUUGGCGCAAUUUACAGCGGAAAAGCAAAGAGAGUACAUUCAGAGUAUAGAGAGCAUAGCUGGGGCACUUGCGUGUCUGCUGCUCAUGACAUUGAUUGAUGUUGCCAUUUGGUUUAGUGCGAAUGUUCGCCAAUUAUCCAGCAUGUACGUGCACCUACACGCUUCCUGUUCCGCCAAAACAUGAUAGAAAAAAAAAGUAUUAUAACAUUUUGAUGUUUUUAUGAAACUGAUGAUUCAAUAAACCGUAUCCGCUUAUACUGGGACGUUGAUAAUGUUCUCUAUUGAUUAAAACAAAUACGAAUGUUGUACUGAGCACUGGCUAUCAACUGGGGAAAUGACGUAGAUGGAGUAAAACGAUGGAUAAACGAACAAAGCUUCACACAGAAUACACGAUUUGUGAUUAUGAAUUAUUAGUGAUAAUUGGAGCCGACUGCUGCUGAUGUCCUAGUACUGGUACUGGUGCUGGUACUGGUACUGGUACUGGUAAUGGUAGCAGUGCUCGUGCUUUCUCUGUACGAAUUUUGAUGACCGGCAUAGUAAUCGGCAUUAACGAUCGAGCUUGUCGAGUCUGCGAACAGAGCAGAGCAGAGCAGAGAAGAGUACUCUACUCUGUCGGCAAAUAGCUCCAACUAAUUUAUGCGGGUAGUGUCCAGUGGACACUACUAUCACCGCCAAUGUUGUACUGCGGUGCAUUCCGUGUCGACAAUUCGGUCCUUGCUAUUAGAUGAGAUAAUUAAAAUUACCCGGUCUACAAUAUAUAUGUAGUUACAUCGGUUAUUAAUUUUAUUACUAAUGGUUUAAUUAUUCUCCUCUGACAAUACGGUAAAGGUGUAACUGUCGUUGACACUAAUUCAUUUAUUUCUCGAUGACAAAUUAUA